UCACAGCGCUCCAGACGGGACCCACUGACACCUAUCAACUCUAAUUCGGAAAACGCUGCUAUUUUAACCUAGCAUACUCAUAGUUCAGCAGGUGAUUAUCAACAACUUGCAAGUUAACUUUAGGCAUAUUCUCGGUAAGUUAGUGUACUUUUAAAAGUGUAUUUUUGACAUAAGGAAAUAAGUUGUGCUGCAGCAGAAUAAAGGAGGCUAUCCUUUUCAGUAUCAGGCAGCAACUUUACCAAACUAUCUGACUUUCUUGGGUUCAGCUUUUGAGGAGUCUCUCCAUCGUUUGACUUUAUUCACCAUGCAACAACGGUUUCCACAUGGGAUGUACUCCGAAAGGAAGGUAUUUUGGUGAAUUAGUUUGAGAACGUUUGAACGGUAAUAUUGCGUCAAUAAAGGUGAUUCUACUCCGCGUUAAUCGUGGCCACUAGUCUACCUGCCACGGAAUUCUUUCAACCAACCACUCCCACCCCGGUCCCCUCGUGCUGUCUUUCCGUGGAUCGCAUGCCUCGCCCGCUAACCGUGAUGACGUGCGGUUGGAGUCCGGGAGCUGUCACGGUUUGGAGAACUACCGUUUUCCUGCUCAACAUCGCGUGCGCAGCGUCGGCCAAGAGACACGUCGUCUACUGGAACUCCACCAACACUAGGUUGACGGGAGGGGAUCUGUCCAUCCAGGUGAAUCUGAAUGACUACCUGGAUAUCUACUGCCCCCACUACCCUCACCUGUCUCCCCCCAGUGAGGAGGCCUACCCCCAGGCCCCACCAGACAGCCUGGCCCUGUACCUGGUGGCUGAGGGGGGGUUCAAGGGCUGUGUGGAGACCCAGGGGGCCAUCAAGAGGUGGGAGUGUAACAGCCCCCGUGCCCCCUUCGGCCCUGUCCGCUUCUCAGAGAAGAUCCAGCGCUUCACCCCCUUCUCUCUGGGCUUUGAGUUCCUCCCCGGAUACCACUACUACUACAGCUCAUUGCCUACAGGUGAAAGCUCCCCGCUGCCCUGCAUGAAGCUGCGAGUCACAGUGUGCUGUGAGCCCACAACCGUAGGGUCCAAGCAGAACAAGCAGGAACAGGGUACUCCAGCUCUUCACAGUGAUGUGUGUUCAAUGAGGACAGUUCCUCUUUCUCUCCUCCUACUCCUUGUCCCACUCUUGAACUUCCUCUCUAUCUAACAUCCCUCUAUUCAAGCUGACCUCCUGAGUAUCUACCAUGCCCACUGUAGAUGGCCUGCCUCACCCACUCAGUCCCUACUUUAAACUAGCCACACCUCAUAGGGAGGUCAAGUCUUCAUUUCAGACCCUCAAAUGACUGUAAUAGGGUAGACUUCAACACUACACACACUCCAACUACACAUCACCUCUGUCUUUUCUGGGGUGGCACUAAUCUUUCUCUUCUUGGCCUCCUCUUUUCUCUCUGUCCACUCUCUCCUCUCGUUCCCCCUCUUCCAUCCCUCGCUCCUGACUAAGCUCCCUCUGAAACAGACUGACACUAAUCUACCAUCAAAGCUCUCAUUCUUCAUUUCCCACCUUUAUCCACUCCAUCCUGUAGACUCCACCUGUCUCUCUCUCUCUCUCUCUCUCUCUCUCUCUCUCUCUCUCUCUCUCUCUCUCUCUCUCUCUCUCUCUCUCUCUCUCUCUCUCUCUCUCUCUCUCUCUCUCUCUCUCUCU